AUGGCUCAAAAUGUGCCUUCGAAGGGUGUUAAAAUGCCUAUGGACUCUGUUGAUUGGAAUGACUACAACACUAGAGUUGUCUGUGAGAUUUUUGUUGAGCAAGUAGCUGAUGGUAAUCGUCCAAAUACCCAUUUAUCUAAUCCUGGGUAUGAUGAAGUAAUUGAGAAAUUUGCAUCAAGGAUAGGUUUGAGGUACACUAGGCUUCAAAUUAAGAAUAAGUGGGAUAAGCUUAGGGUUGAGUACAAUUGUUGGAAAAAGUUGACAUCUCAAAUAGGAUUAGGAUGGGAUAACACAAAGAAAACUGUUACAGCUACUGUGGGUUGGAAGCAACUGAAAGCAGAUAUACCAGGAUGCACCAAGUUUAUGAAAGCUGGCUUGCAAAAUGAAGAGCUACUGCAGAAAAUGUUUGAAGACAUUCGCAAUACCGGUGCCGACCAUUGGUCCUUAGGGCAAGGCACCAUACCAACACCCACCAAUGAGGCCAUUCAUAUUGCUGAUGAUAAUGAGAUCGAUGAAGAGACGGAGGAUGAUGAACCAAGUGCAAAACGAAAGAGAGGUGGUGGCUCAAAGGUGGAUAAAUCCAAAAAGAACAAGAGUGGAUCCCAAAAGAUGGUAGAGGAGAUGUCCAAGAGUAAUGAACUCUCUGCACAGACUUUGUCAUCCAUUCAGUCCUUCACUAAAACAAGAGAGGAUCCGUCGGGUUGUUCUAUUAAGGAUGUUAUGGUCUUGGUGGAGGAAUGUGGUGCUGUUGAAGGGACAAAUGAGCAUUUCAUUGCAACUGAAAUAUUUAUCAAGAAGGAUCAAAGGGAAAUGUCUGUUAAUUCUUUGCGCACUCCUACAGGUCGCUUUGCAUGGCUUAAGAAGAAAUAUGAAGUGAAUUACGGAAAUUAG